CAUUGAGUAAAAACAGAGCUUUAUAAAUCAAAAUUAUAUUAGCGCUCAUCAGCUUUUCCUUGCACAAAAUAUUAUAUUUUUUUUUUUUUUAAAAAGGAAUUUUUUGGUGUUUUAACUUUUAUUAUACUAGGAUUUUACGCGCUUUUCGUCGGUUAAAAAUUUAAGUUAAUAUUUAUAAAACACAACAACAAACAUAAUAAAGUACCGGGAUCACAUAGGCGUAUCGAAUCAACUGUCAAUUAGUUAGAACCAGUGCCACCUGGUUGUUAUUUACAUAAAGUCGUGAACGGAAUAGUCAAAAUUUCAACAAUUUAACAAGAUUUAUUAGAAAUUCGAGUCUAGAAAACGAAACAAUUAAUACAACAAGGAGUCCAUAAUGCAGCCUAUGCGUAAACUGAUCUUCUGUCUGGCGACCCGUUUGCCGCACUUAAAAUCUCUGAUUCGGAGCGCCAGCGGAAGCAAAAGCUUCCCUGAGCCAUCCAUUGCCGGCGGGGAGGAGGAAUUUGAGGCCGAAGGCGAUAUGUGUGCGCUGGACCAGCAAUAUCCGAUUUUUCGCAGCGGCCAGACCGACAUCUUGUACAUGGCACAGUGCGUGGGUGUGACAUACGAGGGCAUCAUCGCAUCAACGGAUCUGCCAUAUACCACCACCUACUUCCCGGGACCUGUGGAGGACGAUGACAGGAUAAAUUCCCCUGUUGCAAAACCAAGCGAUAUGAGGGUGAUGCCGUGUCCGAAGCUGCUGUUGAGGAAUAUGCGUAUUUUGUUUCAGCACCCGUAUGAAACAUUUCACAGCAGCAUGAACAUCGGUAUGAUCGUGAUGCGAUUCCCAGAGCCUGACACCGACCUCACCUUGCGCUCCUUCGUCCUUAUUGCCAGGCACGAGGCGUGUCAGAUAAUGCGCAAUGGUUACUGGGCUGACUUUGUGAAUCCGGCGACAGGCCGCGGCCACUUCUGGCCCGCCCAGCCCACUCGGAAGCAUUACCGAGCUUCGCCUUUGGGACAAGACAUGACCCUUACCGAUUCGAAUGGAUGCACCAUAAUAGAUAAUGCAAAAGGUGAUCAGUUCAUCGGAUACAUCUUCACCGACAUGCCGUGCACGCUUCUGUCUUCUUGGCGCUCAAGAUAAAUCAUGGACGAUUUUCCCUAGUUGCUGAUGCCAAUUUCACUGCUUGUGUUCAUAAAGAAAUUCAUUUUAGAAAACCAAUUCACGACAACAACACUACACAAUCAACAAAUUUUAAGUAGUCAAGGCCAAGUCCAAUCAAUGUUUGGUAAACAUAAAAUUAUACAAAUAAUAUGUAAACUUUCUAUACUAUACCGUCCAAGGAAACGUGGCUGAGAAGUCGCCCAAUUGAAACAAGAAACUUGAAGACUCGAAAAUUUAGGAUUUAUACGAUGUUACAAUUUUAAACAAGUAAAUUUGGAUCCUAAACUGAA